AUGAAGACAUGGUUGGCAAGCGCCGUGGCUCUUGCUUGCACAACGCUGGCUUCUGAGUCACAAUGUCGCUGCUUUCCUGGAGACAGUUGCUGGCCCUCGUUUUCAGAUUGGUCGGCGCUCAAUCAGACAGUUGGCGGUCGCCUAAUCGCAACUUUGCCCAUUGGAACGCCUUGCCAUAAUCCUACCUAUGAUGCCGCUGCAUGCGCCGCGCUUCAAACCAAUUGGACACUACCAGAAACCCACCUUGAGUCCUCCUCAUCUGUGAUGCAAACGUACUUUGCCAAUCAAAGCUGCGACCCCUUCACCCCCACAAGCAAGCCUUGUCUGCUUGGGAAUUAUGCCAAUUACGCGGUCAAUGUCUCGUCCAGUGACGAUGUCAUUUCCGCUAUUCGAUUUGCCAGCGAAAAGAACAUCCGAUUCGUUAUUCGCAAUACCGGCCAUGAUUAUCUCGGCCGGUCCACCGGUGCUGGCGCGCUCUCUGCGUGGAUGCACCACCUGAACAAGAUCGAAUAUCGGAAGUGGUCGAACCCCACAUACAAUGGGCCUGCAUUCAAAGUCGGGGCCGGUGUACUCGGGUAUCAAAUUCUUGAGGCAGCUUCCUCUCGAGGUCUCGUGGUAGUCACCGGAGAAUGUCCUACGGUCGGGCUAGUGGGUGGAUAUACCCAGGGCGGCGGCCACUCGGCUCUCAGCACGGCCUUUGGCCUCGCCGCAGAUCAAACAUUGGAGUUUGAAGUCGUCACUGCAUCUGGGAAACUAGUUGUUGCAUCUCACUCACAGAAUGCUGAUUUAUUUUGGGCACUUAGUGGUGGGGGUGCUGGCAACUACGGCGUCGUUAUAUCCAUGACAGUCAAAGCGCAUCCCGACACAAUCAUCGGUGGUGCCGCCCUUCAAUUUUCCACGACCGGCACAAGCUCGGAUAAAUUCGUCAAAGCAGUCUCAGCUUUCCACCGUCUACUUCCGCGCAUGAUUGAUAAUGGCGUGACUGUUAUCUACCAGAUGGCGUCGGGUGUCUUUGCAAUUAGUCCGGUCACGGGCUAUAACAAAACGUCCAAAGAUAUCAAAUCCAUUCUUCAGCCAUUCUUGUUGGUUCUUGACGACUUGAACAUAACUUCGAAGGUCGGGUACACGCAAUUCGACUCAUAUUAUGAUCAUUACAAUAAAUAUAUGGGGCCUCUACCUUACGGCAAUCUCGCCGUGUCGUCCUACCAAUAUGGCGGGCGUUUAAUCCCGCGACAGGUCCUUCAAAACAACUCCACGGGGCUAGCCAUGACUCUUCGUGGCUUAAUAGAUGAAGGUGUCAUUGUGGUUGGUGUUGGAAUGGAUGUCUCUCAUCCAGAAAAUACCUCCAAUGCUGUUUUUCCAGCUCUGCGGAGAGCCGCUAUCACCAUGCAAAUAGGUACCACAUGGAAUGAAACUGCGCCGUGGUCAAAAAUGAUUGCUGAUCAGUACAAAAUCACCAAUGACUAUGUUCCACAGCUGGAAGCUCUGACACCAGGGGGUGGUUGUUAUCAGAAUGAGGCCAACUUCCGCCAGCCCAGAUGGAAAAACACCUUCUUUGGCAGCAACUACUCACCCCUACUCUCGGUGAAACGUAAAUGGGAUCCAGAAUCCUUCUUUUAUGUCUUAAAGGGCGUGGGCAGUGAUUUAUGGAAUGUGUCAAGUUCCGGGCGCAUGUGCCAAAUUCAUUCAACCAAAUCCAAAUAG